UUCCUUCGUACAUCGUCCUUCGUGGAAACGGUAUGAAGUCUCCCAUUGGAGCUUUUACUUCUGAAGUGUAAUACCACAAUGAAUCAUCUUGAAAUCCGAACUGUAUAUAUACGAAGUGAACUUCUUUUCAAAAGCUUGCAUCAAAUUUUAACCCCGUCUGCCUGACGAAUGGUAGUGGUGUAGCGAGUAUGGACCCUUCCAUGCUUGGUCAGCACAACAUGGUUCACAUGCACAUCCGUAUUCCGAUGUAUCCUAACGUACAACUUUGCAGCACGCCGUUCACAUUGUUUCGUGAUCGCAAACAAGAUGUUGAAAUCUCGCGUCAAAAAUAGAUUCAAGACGAAUUAAGAAGUCAUUGACGUCACUUAGCCAGUGCGCUAACCAAUUCCAGCAAGCAAUGUACCGCAAUAAACAACUCCACUCCAUCGCGAAAAGGUUUGGAUGUCACGAUACUAGCUGCCAGAUCUCCCCCAAUCGCAUCCUCUCCUCUUGUGCUACGAAUUCCUACGUGCCCAUCCUUGUUUUUCUUUCUGAACAAACAUCGGCGAAUAAUACAACAUGAACUCAAUAACAGAAUACCUCUUCUCCGAUGCCACAAUCAACCCCCUCCUCGACAAAGGCUAUCUCCCGCACUCGGUAAUUCGCCUCGGCAUCCGACGCCAACUAGCGCAGCGCCUCCAGGAAAUCAGCACCACAUCCCUAACCGCCGCCUAUGAAUCCAAAAUGCGAUAUGUAGAGCUUCUUAGAAGCCGCCCGAUUGCCAUUGAGACCAAGACGGCGAACGAGCAGCAUUAUGAGGUCGGAACGGGGGUGUUGGAGGGGAUGUUGGGUCCUAGGAUGAAGUAUUCGAGUUGUCUUUAUGAGAAGGGUGAGGAGACGUUGGAGCAGGCUGAGUUGGCUAUGCUGGGGUUAUAUGUGGAGAGGGCUGGGUUGGUGGAUGGUAUGAGUGUGCUUGAUUUGGGUUGCGGUUGGGGCUCUGCAUCGCUCUACUUCGCCGAGAAAUUCCCCAACUCCAAAAUCACCGCCUUCUCCAACUCGCGUACGCAAAAGGAACACAUCGACGGUGUGGCCAAAUCAAAAGGCUUCAGCAAUCUGACGGUCAUUACGGGAGACAUCGUCGACUAUGAAUUCGAACCAGAAAUCUUCGACAGAGUCGUGUCAAUCGAGCUUUUCGAGCACAUGAAGAACUAUGAGCUGCUCAUGAGCAAAGUAGCCAAAGCGCUGAAGCCCAACGGGAAGCUGUUUGUGCAUAUCUUCUGCCAUCGGAGCACGCCGUAUGAUUUCGAAGGGGGGUGGAUGGGCGAGUAUUUCUUCACUGGAGGAACGAUGCCCAGCGCCGACCUCCUUCUCUUCUUCCAGGAUCACCUCGCCAUUCAGUCACAGUGGUGGGUGAAUGGCCAGCAUUAUGCGCAAACGUGCGAAGAUUGGCUGUCGAGGAUGCUGGCGUCCAAGGAUGCCAUUUGGCCGCAUUUGCUGAAGACGUAUGGCGAAGAAGGUGUGGUGACAUGGUGGAACAGGUGGCAAAUAUUCUACAUGGCAUGUGCGGAGCUGUUCAAGUGGGAGGGCGGUGAUACGUGGGGUGUCACGCAUCUUUUAUUUGAGAAGCGGAGCGGUUCUGUAAAGAAGUAG